CACACAUACCACACAUACCACACAUACCACACAUGCCAUACAUACUAUUACAUAGUAUGUAGUAGUAUCUAGGCAUCUACACUUCUACUACAUUUUGACUGACCUCCACCACCCACUUCUCAUCUCAUUUUCCCUCUACCGCUUUCUAUCUACUGAAGUCCAUAAAACAACAUUGAAUAUCUACUUUCUCUCACGAUGAUGGGAGGUUGGUGGUCGUCCUCGGCCAAUAGCGCCUUGGAUGAGCAAGUUGACAAAGCAACGGGGAGCAGCUUAGAAGAUAUUCCGCUCAACCUCGAGAUUUCCGAUGUCAUCAGAUCUAAGACGGUGCAGCCCAAAGAAGCCAUGCGCUCGCUGAAGCGCCGCAUCGGCAAUAAAAAUCCCAACACUCAGUUAAGCGCGUUGAACUUGACGGACACUUGUGUCAAGAAUGGCGGCUCCCAUUUUCUUGUCGAGAUUGCCUCUCGAGAGUUUAUGGACAACCUCGUCUCUCUCCUACACGCGGUCGGUCCCGCCGCUGUCAACGUCGAAGUCCGAGCCAAGAUCCUAGAGUUGAUACAGUCCUGGGCUGCAGCCACUCAAGGUCGCUAUGACUUGAAAUACAUCGAUGAGAUAUACAAGUCACUGCAGAGAGAAGGUUUCCAGUUCCCCCCUCGAACAACUGUGGCAAGCAGUAUGAUCGACAGCAGUGCUCCCCCGGAAUGGAUUGAUUCAGACGUUUGUAUGCGGUGCCGCACUCCGUUUACCUUUACGAACCGCAAGCACCACUGCCGUAAUUGCGGCAACUGUUUUGAUCAGCAAUGCUCCACGAAAACGCUUCCUUUACCACAUCUAGGCAUCUUGCAGCCCGUACGAGUCGAUGAUGGCUGUUAUGCUAAACUAACAGACCGGUCCAGCAAGGGCGGGUUCAGUAGACAAGAGCGCUCUCCCACGAUUCCGUCGUUUCCACACAAAAAUCAUAGCACAUCUCUUAUGCAGCCUCGGAAUGCCCGAGUCGACGAUGAAUUCGAUGAAGAUCUCAAGAAGGCUUUAGCGAUGAGUCUGGAAGAGGUUCAAAGUCAUUCAAAGGGCUAUGUUCCUCCUACAGAUAACACCCCUUCGGCAUCGGAUGCGAAACCAAAUGGCCAAGUAUCUACUCCAGCAGGCGCGCUCGAGGAGGAAGAUGAAGACCUGAAGGCUGCCAUCGCAGCAUCGCUAGCAGAUAUGGAAGAACAAAAGCAAAAACACUCGGCGGCUUUGAAAGAGCAAACAAAUAGUACCGAAAGCGCAUCGGCUACUUCGUUUGCUCUCCCUAAGAAUGAUUACGAGCUCACUGUGGUCGAGGCUGAGAACAUCAACCUCUUCUCAACCCUCGUUGAUAGGCUGCAGACUCAGCCGCCCGGCACGAUUUUGAGGGAGCCACAGAUUCAGGAGCUGUAUGAUUCGAUUGGUGCACUGAGGCCUAAGUUGGCACGUACGUAUGGUGAAACGAUGAGCAAGCAUGAUACGCUCCUCGACCUACAUGCUAAGCUGUCUACUGUUGUUCGAUAUUAUGAUAGAAUGCUAGAGGAGCGCCUCUCAAAAGCUUAUAGUCAGCACAACAUUGGUGCCUACAAUCUGCCCAACUCUGGGCAGCAGUCGAGCCCGUAUCCUUCCAUGGAGCCAGCGGCUCCCACCUCGGCAGAAAAUUUUUACACAGGCGAGCAAGUCCCGGAUCCUGGCAGAACGCCUAUAGGGCAUAGAUAUAUCCAGCACGCUCAGCAGGGGUUGCAGCAACAGUAUACGGGUUACGAUAAGCGAAGCCCCGUACCAGUGUCUCUAAACAAUCAAUACCCAAAUCAUACAGUCCAGAGAAACGACAGCUGGCAGAAGCAACAAGGGUUAUCCGCAACAGUCCAAUAUCCCACUCAAGGAAGUUUCACGUCAAACGACAAUCCACAAACAGUUCACGUACUACCUCAUCCCUCGUCACAAGGCCCGAUCAAUGGAACUCCCGAGUCAAUUGGGGCGUCAGCCACGGAUCCUAACACUGCUUAUUAUUAUAACAACGCACAGCCCCCCAACGAACGUACCGCGCCUAGCGUUCCUCCCGAGACGGCAACAUCACCAUACCCAAACCUUCAACACACGUUAGGUUACAACAGGCAGUCUGUUCCUCCGACGCCUGAUUCGAUUGCCACUCAAGCAUCACAACCACCACAACAAUAUCCACCGCCCAGCCGACAAACGCAACAACCAUAUUGGCAACAGCAGCAGCAGCAGCAGCAUGCGGAUCAAAGCUCUCCAGCAUAUCGAACGGGUAGUACAGGAUACACUGGCUACACACAGGAAUCAUUCCCUGCCGCCCCUCAGCAUACACCUCAACAACCUAUCGUGGAAGAGAGUUUGAUUGACCUAUGAAACUAGUCGUGUAUAGUAAGGAGGCCGAGGCCCUAGUUACUGUGAUAUAAUGGUAUCCAUGGAUACCUAGUUCGGUUUCGCAGGAGCUGUGUGAGGAGGGUUAAUUAGGCACCUAGCAACCUUGGCUGGGUCUAUACCACCUAACUACUAGGUACCUAUCUUAGGUAGGAAGGUAGGCAAGUAGGUAAAUAGGUAGCAAGGAGUAAUUAAUUGUUGAUUAUAUGAGAUACCCUACAGAUAAUGUACAUAUAAGUUUGUGCAUAUGUGCAUACCUACCUAAGGUUAAGUAGGUUACAUAGUAGUACUACUAGGUAGUUAUGUAAUUAUGUAGAAUUAUGAAACUGAGGCUUAGA